CCCCGGGCAGGACUAGGGGCGCCUCUCCUGUGGGCGGGCUGCGGACACGCGGCCCUCUGAGCCCGUGGGGCACCGCCCACCAUGUUCGCCAGCCCUGCGGGCACCAGCACCCCGUUCUCCGUCAAGGACAUCCUCAACCUGGAGUUGGAGCAGCGACAGGAGCAGCAGCAGGAGGAAGAGGAGGAGCGGAGGCGCCGAAGCCUGGGGGCCAUGGAGCUGCCCGCGCGCCUAGAGGCCAGCCUGCCCCCUGCGUCCUGCAUGCUGGCCGCCUUCAAGCAGGAGGCGUACGGCGGCCCGGAGACGGCCGGCCUCCAGGAGCUGGCUCUGACCGACGGGCUGGGCCCGGCCAAGCAUUGCCCGGCUUUCCCGGCUGCCUUCUACGGGAAGAGCUACGCGCACAUGGAGCCGGCCAAGGAGCCCAAAACUGACAAGAAAGAUCUUUGUUCCCUGCAGAAGAACCUGGAGUUGGAGAAAAAGGACUUAGAAGACCCCGAUCGCCCAAGGCAGAGAAAGAGGCGGAAACCCCGGGUUCUGUUCUCUCAGGCCCAGGUCUAUGAACUGGAGAGAAGGUUCAAACAGCAGAAAUACCUGUCGGCUCCGGAAAGAGACCACUUGGCCAGCGUGCUGAAGCUCACCUCCACGCAGGUCAAAAUCUGGUUCCAGAACAGAAGAUACAAAUGUAAAAGACAGAGACAGGACCAGACUCUGGAGAUGGUGGGCCUCCCGCCGCCCAGGAGGAUAGCCGUGCCAGUACUAGUGAGAGACGGGAAGCCCUGCCUGGGGGACUCUUCUCCCUACAGCUCCCCCUACAACGUCAGCAUCAACCCGUACAGCUACAAUGCCUACCCAGCCUAUGCCAACUACAGCAGCCCAGCGUGCAACCCUAACUACAACUGCGGUUAUCCCUCAGUGCAGGCCGUGCAGCCCUCGCCGGCGGCCAACAACUUCGUGAACUUCAGUGUUGGGGACUUGAAUGCAGUGCAGACGCCCAUUCCGCAGAGCAACGCGGGGGUCUCCACUUUGCAUGGGAUCCGGGCCUGGUAGGAAGAGCGGUCUCUGGCUUUCCAGGAGCGGAGAAAGGGAGGGAAGGGGGUCCUAGUGCGGGUUUCGAGGCUCCCGCGACACCCCCCCGACGCCCCUCUGCUCCCCACCCUCCCCCAUUACCCAUCUGACUGGAAAGGCAGGGAGGCUGUGGGCUGCUGGAGAAAGCGGGAUGGGAAGUCUAUUGGUCUAACCCCGGAAGCUACAGCUAACCUGGACUGCUGGAGAAAAGAGGACCAGGAGGGGAGGGAAAGGAAAGGGGCCUCAGGAGAAUCCUACUGCCCCGUUACAUAGUUAACCUGGGACUCUCUGGACAAAGCGUCAACCCCAGGCUAGUGGCUGUGUGAAUGAGGUAGUCCUUCCAGUAAGUUACAAGGUGUUCGUGUACUGGACGGAAGGAUUUCUAUCCGUGCCUACUUGGGGCCCCAGCGAUGGAUAGAUAGUAAAAAAAAACAAAAACAAAAACAAAAACAAAAACAAAAACAAAAACCCUCUGCCUAUCGGCGGAGCGCACAGCCGCCAGAACCAAGAACCAGAGAGAGGCACGUCAACCCCCUACCCGGAAACCCGGUUACAGCCCCUGCAGCCCCUGCAAUCCCUUCAACCCCUGCCUCCUAGCUCCCAUCUAAAAUCAGCGGGUUCUUAGAAAGUAAGGCUCCUGGGGGAAGGAGAGGGAGCGGUAUUAACAUUCUAAGCCCAGAAUCACCUUGUGGGAUACCAGGUGGCAUAAUAUUCGGAAACUGUCCCCCCCCCCAAAAAAAAAAAAUUCGGCCCUCGCUAGCUCACCAUCACCUCCACUCCUCAUCCUCCUCCCCCAACCAGAGCGGCUGCUUCGGUUUUUGGUGCCUGAACUGCCCGAGAUACGAGCUCACCCUCUCUGGUUCCGCUGCUGGCCCUAUUUAAGUGUUUCCUUAUUGUUUGUAAGAAAGGAGACCCGAACCACCCCGCCUUUCAUUAAAGAGCGUGAACUAA